UAUCGGGUUAUUCGGGCCGGCCCGCGGGUUCCGAGUUACAUUCGUAUCACUAGACUUAACAAAUAAAAGAAAAAACAUUUAGUAGGAGUAUAUUCCAUUAUGAUUUUGGCGAAAUAAUGGAAGAAAAAGGGAGGAUGUGGAAUGAGAAUAAGUUAUCCAAAUCAGAAGAUGGGUCCGCUUCCGCUUUGCCUUCCACUGAAACUCCCAUUCCCAACAUUCGCCAUUUCCCCCAAUCUACGGCCGCCGCUCAGAUUUAACCUAAGAAAUUCGCAGCGAGCCUCGGCGAGUCCGGCGCGCGACAGAGUGAUCGACUUCGGGAAAUAUAAAGGUAGGAUGCUGGGGAGCUUGCCGUCGGGUUACCUAAAAUGGGUGUCGACGAAUCUGCGAGCCGGAGACACGGAGGAGUGGGCCAGGCUGGCCGACCGGGUGCUGGCUGACCCGGUGUACUGCGACCGCAUCGAGUGGGAGGCGGCCGAGAACAUCCUCAGUGGAAACGCGGCCACGUCCUCCGGCGGAAGCGCGGUUGCGGAGCUGCUGGAAAUUAGCGAGAGAUUCGGGUGGGACAACGAGGAUAAGAUCGGGUGGAGCAAGGUUGAUUUCGGGCUGCUGGGGACGUCUAGGGGCGGGAGGAUUCCCCGGGCGGCGGCGCGUGUGGAUUUGAACAAACAGGAGGAGGAGGAGGAGGUGCGGAGGAUUGAGAGCGGGGAAGGAGGGAGAAGAGGAGAGAGGAGGGAUAGAGUGAGGGCCAGGCGACUGAGGAAGAAAACGAGUAGUGAGGGGACAAUGGUGGAAGACAAGGACACUUCUUCUCCGGCCGCCGGCGGAGUUGGGAAUGGCUGUCCUUUUCCGGGGAGGGAAGCCCUGUUCAAGAAGGUUCUCAAUCCAGAAUAUUGAUGUACAAUCUUUUUUUAUUCGGGCAUAAUCCAAAUUUAUUGAGACACAUGGCAC